AUGGCUGUUUCCCUGAGUUUUCUUACAUAUCUCUUUCUGAUAGUUGCGGGCGUAUAUCUUGCCCGCAAAAUAAGUAGAGCCGUUCAAAUACGACAGUUCAAAAAACGACACGGUUGCUUGCCUCCGCCAAGAGAUCACCAUAAAGAUCCCGUGCUGGGCUUAGAUGAAGUGCGAUCUAUGCUUCGGGUGUUUCGUGAGGACUACCUGAUGGAAUACACGCUAGAAAAAUAUCGACGUCAUGGGAACACCUUCGCGACCUCAGUUCUGGGUGACGAUGAUAUAUUCACCGCUGAACCGGAGAACAUCAAAACCAUCCUGGCGGUGAAGUUUAAACAGUUCGACCUGGGAGAAACAAGACGGAGAACAUUCCAUCCGCUCUUAGGCGAUGGCAUCUUCGCAGCCGAUGGCCCACAAUGGGAACAUUCUCGGACUCUGUUGAGACCGAGUUUUACUCGGACACAGAUCGCGGCGACCGAUCUGCAUGAGAGACACAUCCAAAGGCUGAUCAGCCGGAUUCCUCGAGAUGGUUCGACGGUGGACCUUCAAGAGCUCUUUUUCAAUCUGACACUCGAUACGGCGACUGAGUUUCUAUUCGGAGAGUCUGUUGAGUCUUUGCGCCUUGGAUCUUCCGCUGGGUCAUCCAGUUUUGCCCAUCACUUCAAUGUCGCUCAGGAUGAAAUAGCGUUUAGUAUGGUUAUCGCACCAUUCGAUCAACUGAUUUUCAGACCCAGGUUCAGAGAGUCUGUCAGAGAAGCGAGAGGAUAUGUCGGCAACUUUGUGAAAAAGGCUAUUGAAUACCGACACUCCCUCGACGCUGAGAAACAUGCGGGUGAUACAACCGACUCACAGUCGCGAUAUGUAUUUCUCGAAGAGCUCGCCAAGGAAACAGACAAUCCAAGCGAUAUCACCGAUCAAAUCUUAAAUAUCCUACUUGCGGGGCGAGACACGACCGCCAGUCUCCUGAGCAUGGUAUUCUACAACCUCGCACGGCGUCCAGAUAUCUGGGAUCUCCUCCGAAGCGAGGUUGCAACACUCGACGGGAAAUGCCCGUCCUUCGAGGAGCUGAAACAGUUGAAAUACCUAUCCUGGGUGAUCAACGAGACUCUGCGCCUAUACCCCGUGGUCCCAUCCAACAGCCGCACAGCAAACGAAGACACCUUCCUCCCCGUCGGCGGCGGACCAGACGGGAAGUCACCCGUGUUCGUCGCCAAGGGCCAAAGAGUCGCCUACGACGUGUACGUGAUGCAUCGACGCCACGAUAUAUUCGGUCCCGACGCGGAAGAGUUUCGUCCGGAACGAUGGGAGACCAUACGACCCGGUUGGGGUUAUCUACCAUUUAACGGGGGCCCUCGCAUUUGCCUCGGACAGCAAUUUGCCUUGACUGAGGCGUCUUACACGACCGUACGAAUCGUGCAGUCGUUCAAGGAGAUCACUAGUCGGGACCCGGAGCCGUAUCGGGAACGUCUCGCCCUUACAUUGGCGAGUAGACAUGGAACGAAGGUGGCGAUGGUGCCUGCUUAG